CGACCUCUAUAAAGCGUUUGCACAAGCCACGUAAUUCUAGAGUCACUGGAAAUAUACCAUUGAUUGUCAAAAGUUUUUAAAAACACUUUUCUCAAAAAAUGGAAGAAUAUGAGUUGAGAAACGUCUGCAGAGCUUGUUUAACAGAGGAAGGUGAAUUUUAUUCAUUGUUCGUUGCCGAGGAUAUUUCAGGUCUUUUUCUACAAUUGUCGGAAAUGAUGACUUCAUGUGUCUCCAUACAGGUGGCCCCCGGUGAUGGUUUACCGGAACAGGUCUGCUCCUCUUGUGCCACCAUGGCGGUUAAUAUGUAUCUGUUUAAAACAAAAUGUGAAAAGAGCGAUAAGGUGCUUCGAGAGAGGUUGAGAAAAGUAACCGUAUAUUAUGAAGAAGACGGUGAAGAACGAGAAGACAACCAACAUAAUAUUGAAAUAGUUAAACCUGAAGUAACAAUGGAAAAUGAAGAUAAGGUUUCUCAAGAUGAAAUUAUUUUAGACGAUUUAGACAACUUUGAUUUUGAUUAUAAAAGCGAUUGUGAAGACUUUCCAGAAAUUGUGGAGCAAGGGGAAAUUCAAAACAUUGAAACUACCUUAAAGCAGCAAAAUAAAGUAAAAGAAUUUGAAUGUGAUUUAUGUCAGAAACGUUUCAGUAGGAAUGACCUAUUAAUAAGACAUAAGAUUGCACACGCAAUGAAGAUGGGUGACGAUAAAUUUCAAUUUAAUCAUUACCAAAUGGAAGAUACCGAACAUGGUAAUCCACUAGUUAUAAAAAGUGAGGAAUUUAUGUUUUCUUGUGCAGAAUGUGACGUGAUAUUUAUUCAUAAAGUAGAUCUGGACAAUCACAUAGCUCAGGAGCACGAGCAAAAGGAAGCCCAUUUAAGUUGUAACGUGUGCUCUAAAAAGUUUAGUAAAAUAGCCCAUUUAAACAGACACCAUAAAAUACACUCCAUGGCUAAGGCUUUUAAAUGUCGAUUAUGCAACAAAGGCUUUACAAGGCAAGAACAGUUAACACACCACAUGAAUGUGCAUACUGGGAUUAAACCGCACACCUGUGAUAUUUGUUUCAAAGGGUUUAACCAGAUAUCCAACUUGAAAGACCACAUGAGGACACAUAAUGGGGAGAAACCGUUCUUGUGCUCCACCUGCGGCAAAGGCUUCAACCAACUGGGAAAUCUCAGACAACACACGAUUAGGCACAGUGGAAUUAAGGCACAUCUCUGCAGUACUUGCGGCCACGGUUUUGCUAGUAAAGGAGAACUAUCGGCACACCUCAGGAAACAUACAGGUGCAAGGCCGUUUGUUUGUCCGGUCUGCAACCGUGGGUUCACAACCUCAAGCUCCUUAACGAAGCAUAAAAGAAUACAUUCCGGGGAAAAACCAUAUGAAUGCGACGUUUGUAAGAUGAAAUUCUCCAGGUCCGGUAUCUUGGCAAGACAUAAAAGAACGCACACCGGGGAGAAACCGUACGUGUGUAAAUUUUGUACUAAGGCCUUUUCCCAGUCGAACGAUUUAACGUCACACCUUCGAAUACAUACGGGCGAGAAACCUUAUAUAUGUGACGAGUGCGGUCAGGCAUUUAGGCAAAGUUCGGCUUUAAAAACCCACAAAAAGACUCAUAUUGAGAAAAGUACAAUUGUAGACAGUAAACCGAUUCUAAUCAGCAACUUAGUUCGUUCUAAUUUGUUAACUACCUAUUCAUAAUGUUUAUUAUGUAAUUCUGAAAUAUGUUAAUUUUUACUUAAUAUCGUUUAUCUAAAUAAUGUUAAAGUUAGUUUUAAUUUUAUAAGAGUAAACUGAUCUUCUGUUUCUUUUAUCGUGAUUCUCCAAAAAUGAUGAAAAACGUUACCUAGUCUACAAGAAUCGGUUAUAAUAGUUAAUAAUAAUUAUCAAUUCCAUUCUUUAAUUGUAUUAGUAAUUGUUGUCGCAAGUUUAAUUUGUUUUCUUAAAGAAAAAAUACCAAAAUGAAAUGUUUAUUUAUUAUUUUAUUUUCAAACUAGACUGUUGUACGUUUAGGCAAUGAGAUUCAAACGAAUAAUUCGUUGUAAGAAAAUAAUAAAGGAGCUGUUUUUUUACAGUUUCCUAUGAAUUCACAAGGAAUUCCUAUGUUCUACCUAUAUUUUAUACAGGGUGAUUCGUUUUUUUAUGCGACUUUAGGAACAGGUAGAUUGUUAAAAAUAAAAAUUUAUUUUUUACGAAAGCAUAGAAGGGCCACAGAAUAUAUUUUUCUUAAA